CCUAAGGCCUAAACCCCCAAUCCCCAAUUCACCACCUUCUUCCCUUCAAUCUUCAACCCGCACUCCGCAACAUUUCUGUGCGAAGCCGGAGUCACUCUCUCUCACACAUUUGAUUUGGAGGACGAAACAUACUCGAACUCCUAAUUCCUCCGUUUGUUUGCAGUUGGAGCUACAGAUACAUAUCUUGUUGCUGCAAGGCCACUGGUGAUACCCACUUAAUUGUUAUACCAAUCCAUAAACCAUGAAACUAGCUACUUUGUAUCGUCUUGCUCGUGGCCACCCAGUCGUGUGUCGAAAAAACAACCUUUUGCAGUACCGCUGCUUUCAACCUGACUUUGCUCCAAGAGAUCCCAAAUCCAAGCCUAAGAAAUACAAAUACCCAGAUGUCUAUGAGCCAUACGGACCUAGACCACCACCUUCAGACAAAAUUGUUCAGCUUGCUGAAAAAAUUGCGGCCCUGCCACUUGAAGAGCGAGUGAAAAUAGGUCCGAAUCUGCAUCUCAAGGUAAGCCAUCCCAAGCUGGUACCACUUGAUGUUGAAGGAGUGGAUGCGGGCAGCCAGGCCGGGGCACGUGCUGGAUCGUCCAAGGCUGAGGCGAAGAAGGCGGAGAAAACCACAUUUGAUAUCAAGUUAGAGAAAUUCGACGCAGGUGCAAAACUAAAAGUGAUAAAAGAGAUCCGUUCCUUUACAGAUCUGGGACUGAAGGAAGCUAAAGAUUUGGUGGAAAAAACACCCGUUAUACUGAAGCAGCAGGUAACAAAGGAUGAGGCAAAUAGCAUUAUAGAGAAAAUCAAAGCGGUUGGUGGAGUUGCUGUGAUGGAGUAGAGUAGUGCUCUGUGCUAUGUAUUCGAGUAAGUUCUUGUUUAAUUUGUCUCGAUAUAAUUUGUUUCGACUAUAGGGAUGGAAUGUGAUGACAUCUACUAAUUUUGAGUUAUUGAUCCCAAUCAACCAGUGUUUGAAAUAAA